UAUUUCCCUCUCCUCCGCGAGAGAGAGCUUUCGUUUCCCGCUGUUGUUGCAGAAUUUGAAUUAACAAAUAGAAAACCUUGAUUUGUGAUGUAUUUUAAGUUAAUAAGUGCGCCAUUCUAAAAGACGACAACCACUGGUUAUUGACCUCAAAAUUAAGCCCGAGGAACCAGUCAGCGAAACUCGAACUAUUGUAUUGCACAUUCGGUGUUACAAGUUGUAUAAUUUGUAAAGUUUAUUUAAGAAAACUUUCUAGCUUUGUUGUCCUUUGCAUACGUUGGAGGAGAAAAUCAAUAAAACUAAUAAUUGCAAAAGAAGUUUUUACUUUAAUUCAAAUUUGCUUAACAAAGCAAGAAAAAAAUUGAAUUGCAAAGAUAAAUGCAUGUAAUAAAUGUUGAGAAACUGUGAAGCUUUCCUGCAUUAUAUUUAUACACGAUAAAAGUGUCUAGUGUGAAUUAACUUACAGCUUAUAUAAAAAUGCGAUUAGUAAUCUGUGAUAAAGUGGAUCAUGUGGCAGAAUGGUCUGCCAAAUAUGUCUUGAAAAGAAUCAAUGAUUUUCAGCCGAAUGAAAAGAAAUAUUUUGUUCUUGGUCUUCCGACAGGUGGCACACCUUUGGGAAUGUACAUGAAACUUAUAGAGUACUGUAAAGCAGGAAAACUUUCCUUUAAAUAUGUAAAGACAUUCAACAUGGAUGAAUAUGUAGAUUUGCCCAGAGAUCAUCCAGAAUCUUAUCAUUAUUAUAUGUACAAUAAUUUCUUUAAACACAUAGAUAUUGAUCCAGUAAACGUGCAUAUUCUUGAUGGAAAUGCACCAGAUCUUACAAAAGAAUGUGAUGAUUUUGAAAUGAAAAUUAAGGAGGCCGGUGGAAUUGAAUUGUUUAUUGGUGGUAUUGGACCAGAUGGUCACAUAGCUUUCAACGAACCAGGAUCAUCUCUAGCAUCGCGUACAAGAGUGAAAACAUUGGCACAAGAUACAUUGGAAGCCAAUGCAAGAUUCUUUGGAAAUGAUAUUUCCAAAGUUCCUAAGCAGGCACUGACUGUGGGUGUUGGCACAGUAAUGGAUGCUAAAGAAGUAAUGAUUCUUAUUACAGGAUCUCACAAAGCAUUUGCACUGUAUAAGGCAAUAGAGGAAGGAAUCAAUCAUAUGUGGACCGUAUCAGCCUUCCAACAACAUCCUCGAACAAUAAUCAUUUGCGAUGAAGAUGCAACAUUGGAGCUGCGUGUUAAAACUGUUAAAUAUUUUAAGGCUCUCAGUGCUGUACAUCAUAAAUUAAUUGAAGCAGAUGGAGAAUCAAUCCUUCGUCAGAGAAUUCAAGAUAGUUAAAAUAUUACUACAGUAAAACUUGGGUAAAUGUCCGAAAUUUGAAACUCAAAGCGAGCAAUUAUGAAAUAGGGAAAUUGACUCUAUCUAUAAAACAAUACACUAAUACAACAGUUAAACGAUAUUAUUUAUUAUUCUUGCUCAUUGGAACUUUUACCAAUGUAAUCGAAAGGUUUGGAUGAUUAUAAUAAGAUGAAAUACGCGCGCGCGGUAUAAUUAUUUUAAAUGUGGCACAAUUCUUUUCUGUAAUUUAUCGUACAGUCGGUAAAUAUCAAUCAGUAAAUAUAAUGCAAAUUAUAUCGUGUUUGGUUCUAUUUUAAUCAGAAAAAUCGAAAAGAGAGAUACAUUGAUAAAUGUACAAUUCCAAGAAAAUAUAAAAUAACAUAGUUUCAUUGUUGAAUUAGUGCUGUCUUAUUGACAUUCUAUUUCGAGUUCAAGAGGAUUACCUCUACCAUUGAAGAUUAUCGCAUUAUCCCUACCAUUGUGCGGAUGAUUGCCGGGUAUUUAUGCAGCAAAUGAUUUCAAACGAUUAUCCGGGUUUUACUGUAUAGUAUUAUAUACUUCUAAAGUUCAUUGUUACAUAACAUGUCCACCACAUACUUUACCAAACGUUAUGGAACAUGUAAAUUAUAUUUUUUAUAGAGUUUAAAUGACAUUUCUGUAUGUUACUUGACGAACUACUUUUUGACAACAAUACUAUAUAAUAUAUAACGUACUUGUUUUAAUGGAACAUUCAUUAUUAUAUUGUUAUUUACAUGAAUUAUUAUUAUAACUAUUGCUCUACUAUUACAAAAAUGCCAUAUUUUUGUAUCAUUAUACUUUUCAUAAAUAAAUUUACCCUUUUUAUGAUAA